UUUUGGUGAGGAGGCGCAGAUGUGGAAGGCAAAGGGCGUAAAUGGACCAACUGAUUCUCUCCGCCGCCUCUCCGUCAGGCUCCGGCCACUCCCAUUUGAAUCUCCAACAGACCCACCAAAUCCAUGCCCAUUUCAUCAAAACCCAAUUCCGUAACCCUCACAAUUUCUUCUCUCGAUCCAAUUUCACCCCUGAAGCCAAUUUCAAUCUCCUCAUUUCAUCUUACACCGACAACCACCGCCCACAAGCAGCCUUCAACUUGUAUCACCAUAUGCGCACCACUGAUGCUGCUGCAGUUGACAACUUCAUUGUUCCUUCACUUCUCAAAGCCUGUGCUCAAGCUUCCUCUACAAAUUUGGGUAGGGAAGUGCACGGUUUCGCGGUUAAGAACGGGUUCGUAUCGGACGUUUUUGUGUGCAAUGCUUUGAUGAACAUGUAUGAGAAAUGUGGGAGUUUGGUUUCUGCUUGCUUGGUGUUUGAUAAAAUGCCUGACAGAGAUGUUGUCUCUUGGAGUACUAUGCUUGGGUGCUACGUGCGGAGCAAAUCGUUCGGUGAAGCAUAUAGGCUCGUUCGAGAGAUGCAUUUUGUGGGAGUGAAGCUUAGUGAUGUUGCUUUGAUUAGCAUGAUUGGUGUGUUUGGGGAGCUCUCGGAUAUGAAGUCCGGGAGGGCGAUUCAUGGUUACGUUGUGAGAAAUGUUGGUAAGGAGAGAAUCGAACUUCCUUUGACGACUGCGUUGAUUGAUAUGUACUGCAAGGGCGACAAUUUGGCAUCAGCAAUGAGGCUUUUCAAUGGGUUAUCUCAGAGAAACGUCGUUUCUUGGACGGCGUUGAUAGCGGGUUGUAUUCGCAGUUGCAGGUUUGUUGAAGGGGCAAAGAAUUUUAGUAGAAUGCUUGAAGAAAACAUAGUUCCUAAUGAGAUCACUUUACUAAGUUUGAUAACAGAGUGUGGCUUUGUGGGAGCCUUGGAUUUGGGCAAGUGGUUGCACUCCUAUCUGUUAAGGAAUGGGUUUGGGAUGUCUCUGACUUUGACCACUGCUCUCAUAGACAUGUAUGGAAAGUGUGGGCAAGUUGCAUAUGCCAGAGCUCUUUUCAAUGUCGUCGACGAAAAAGAUGUCAAGAUUUGGAGUGCUUUGAUAUCAGCUUACGCACACACGAGUUGCAUCGAUCAAGCUUUUAGCCUCUUCCUUAAGAUGUUAGACAGUGAGGUGAAACCAAAUAAGGUAACAAUGGUUAGCCUACUUUCUUUAUGUGCAGAGGUUGGAGCCCUUGACCUUGGUAGGUGGACUCAUGCUUACAUAAUCCAUCAUGGUGUCGAAGUAGACAUCGUUUUAGAAACAGCUCUCAUCAACAUGUAUGCAAAAUGUGGAGAUCUUAAAACUGCUCGUAGCCUGUUCGAUGAAGCCACACAACGGGACAUUCACAUGUGGAAUGCAAUGAUGGCUGGAUUCUCAAUCCAUGGUUGUGGAAAAGAAGCUUUAGAACUCUUUUCAGAUAUGGAAUGUCAUGGUGUUGAACCUAAUGAUAUCACAUUCAUUUCUGUUUUUCACGCUUGUAGUCAUUCUGGAUUGGUAGGGGAGGGAAUGAAGCAUUUUGACAGAAUGGUUCAUGAAUUUGGAAUAGUUCCAAAGAUCGAGCACUAUGGAUGCUUGGUGGAUCUUCUUGGUCGAGCUAAACGUCUCGACGCAGCUCACAGCAUCAUUGAAAACAUGCCCAUGAGGCCCAACACAAUUAUAUGGGGUGCGCUGCUAGCUGCAUGUAAGCUACAUAAGAAUCUGCCCUUGGGGAAGGUGGCUGCAAGAAAGAUUCUUGAAUUGGACCCAGAAAACUGUGGGUAUAGAGUUCUUAAGUCAAACAUCUAUGCAUCCGAAAAGAGAUGGACUAAUGUAACGAGCAUUAGAGAAUCAAUGAGCCAUUUAGGGAUGAAGAAAGAACCGGGACUCAGCUGGACUGAGGUAAAUGGCUCAGUUCAUCACUUCAGAUCUGGAGAUAAGACAUGCACACAAGCAAGAAAAGUACAUGAAAUGGUGACCGAAAUGUGCAUCAAAUUGAGAGAGGCGGGAUACGCACCGAACACAUCUGCAGUUUUGUUAAACGUAGAAGACGAAGAGAAGGAAUCUGCACUCAGUUACCAUAGUGAGAAACUAGCCAUGGCAUUUGGACUCAUAAGUACAGCCCCGGGUACGCCCAUCCGAAUCAUUAAGAAUCUGAGGAUUUGCGAUGACUGUCAUGCUGCAACAAAACUACUAUCGAAAAUCUAUGGACGAACAAUAAUAGUCCGAGAUCGAAACCGAUUUCAUCACUUUAGUGAAGGAUAUUGUUCUUGUCUAGGCUACUGGUAAGAUAAGAUUCCAAAUUGCGGUCA